AUGGUGUCCCUUGGGACAGUUCGGCAGACUGCCGCUCCGACGAAGGCAGCAUGUUACCUCAACAAGGAAGCGAAGGCUUCUGGAGCCCGAGGCAGCGUUCAUCCGCAAUUUCAGCGCAACAUCAGACCAUGCAACGUCACCUUACUUAUAAAUCUGCCAUGGGGGGGAACUUCUGUCGCCUCCGUGCCCCUAAAAGAUCUUCCUCUGCUCACGGCCGCUGAGGCGCAGAGGCUGGCUUUCGUAGACAGAAGGGGCGCAUCUGCUGUUGAGAGGCUUGCCAACUCCACUAGUAUUCAGAGUUCUCCAUGUGGCCUGUAUAUCCCUGGCCACUUUCUUCUUUCCUUUGCUGCAGCGCGCGCAGGCUUCCAGACGGCAGAGGCAGCUUCGAAGCUGCGCUUGCUGGUGCAGCAGAAGGAGGUCUUUCCACAUACAUGCUUGCCACUAGAGACAAUUGUUGGGGAUGAAGCAGCGCUUGCGUUAGCUACAGAUUGGGGCUUCGCCGCCCCAGCGGCAGUCGAGUCGACGGCAGGAGAAACAUUGCCAAGUGCUCCACUGUGCUCGCUCUGGCUUCUCCUGAGGUUGCCAGGAGGCAAGGGUGGUUUCGGUGCCUUGUUGAAGAAACAGCGGAGGAGGAAAAGGGCGAAUUUCUCCAUCGAUGCAUGCAGAGAUCUAACUGGAAGGAGGAUAAGACAGGCCCAAGUGGUCACACGGAUCAAAGAGUGGAUGGAGAAAAAGAGGAAAGAAGAUGCUCUUGUAGCCGCGCUGACUCAAGGCACGCCAGAAAAGGUGCCGGAAUCCAAGCCAACUGUAGCGUUAGAUGACGCAUUUAUUUCCGAGCAGUUGUCCCUGGUCUCGGAGAUGCCAUCUGUUGUUGCCCAUGGCGUCAAAAAGCAAAUGGAACUGCGGUAUGUCUGCCUGGCAAUUCGACUUGGUAAGGGGCAGGGGAGGAAGAAAAUGGAAGAGGAGCAGCGCAGUCGCGCUACGGCGCUACAGAACCGGGAACUGUUCUCCCAGCUGCGUGACGCUGUUGAGCUCGACAGCGAAGAUGAUCAGUGGUCCGACACAGACGGAGGCUCAGUAAGCAGUGUUGUGGAGGAGGACAGUGCCAGCAGCAGCAACAGAAGUUCAUCAUCUGAUAGUCCUAGCGGCGUCACAUCUGAAGCCAGUGCCACUGCCGGUGUGAGCAGCAAGCGUACACAAGGAGGCACAGCUGCCACCAGCAGCCAGAGUGCCCUUGCAAGCUCUUCAGAUACCAGUAGGUCCAAGUUGAACCCUGCUUGCGAGGGCAGCACGAAGAAAUCUGCAGCGGAGAGUCCUAGAGUUGACCCAGCAGCGGCGGCACUAAUGCAGGAGUUGGAGCAGAUGCGCCUGAAGGCUUCAGCUGCGCGGGAGAAAGAGCUCCAGAGACAGGCAGAAGCAGCAGCGGAAGCAGCUCGGGCGGCAGCUCUAGCGGAGCAAGCUGCAGCGGAGGCAGCUGCGAAAGUGGCUAAAGAGGCGCAGCAGCUGGAUGUGAGCCGUUUCAACACAGCCGAAGAGCUUGCGAAGGCCGUAGAUGCGGCAGGUCAGUAUCUGUUCAUAUGA